AUGGCCACUGAUACUUCCACUUAUAAGCUCAACCACACGAUGAUGCGGGUCAAGGACCCGAAGAAAUCAGUGGAGUUCUACAAAUUUCUCGGCCUGAGCUUGGUCAACACCAUUGACGCGCCCGAAUGGAAAUUCUGCAACUACUUCCUGGCCUACGAUGGUCCGGCCUCUCUCCAGGGUGAUCGUCACUGGACUGACAGAAAUGCCGUGCUGGAACUCACUCACAACUAUGGCACCGAGAACGACCCCAACUACAGCGUGGUGAACGGCAACACAGAGCCGUACCGUGGCUUCGGUCACAUCGCCAUCUCCGUCGACAACAUUGAAGCUGCAUGCAAGCGCAUCGAGGAUGCUGGGUACCCAUUCCAGAAGAAAUUGACCGAGGGCCGUAUGCGACACAUCGCUUUUGCUAAGGAUCCUGAUGGAUACUGGGUUGAGAUUAUCCGCCGCGCCGAUGAGGACCUGGGCACCACUACCGACCCCGGCAGCUACCGCCUGAACCACACUAUGCUCCGUGUCAAGGACGCUGAGGCUAGCUUGAAAUUCUACCAAGAAUCUAUGGGUAUGACUUUGGUCCGCACUAUCGAAAACCCCGACAACCAGUUUAACUUGUAUUUCCUGGGAUAUCCUGCUGCCAACCCUGAAAUUAAGGAGGGCGCAAAGAACAGCGUGGCAGAAUGGGAGGGCCUGCUGGAACUGACCUGGAACUAUGGCACCGAGAAACAGGAGGGUUCCGUCUACCACAACGGUAACACCGAGCCUCAAGGUUUCGGUCACAUUUGUAUCUCUACCGAUGAUCUUCAGGCUGCGUGCGACCGUUUCGAGUCCCUCAAGGUUCCCUUCAAGAAGCGCUUGAGUGACGGCCGGAUGCACAACAUUGCAUUCAUUCUGGAUCCCGAUGGAUAUUGGAUUGAGGUGGUACAGAACGAGAAAAUCAAGCGGACCUCGAACUGGUAG